UUACCAGGAAGAAAUGCAUGUUGCGGCUCAGGGGAAAAGCCAGGAAGACAGUUGUAUUAAUGAUUGUUUAGCUCAGCUGUGUGCAGCUGAAGUUUCAGCAAAACAGAAAUGAGACCCUUAGCAGUAACACAGUUCCUUGGCCUGAUCUCACUGACAGUGGCCAUGGACAAUGGAUUGCUGAAGACUCCGCCUAUGGGAUGGAUGGCUUGGGAGCGCUUUCGAUGUGAUGUUGAUUGUCAUGAUGACCCAGAGAACUGCAUCAGCGAAGAUCUGUUCCGAGACAUGGCAGAUCGGCUAGUUGAGGAUGGCUGGAGGGAGUUGGGCUAUGAGUAUGUAAUUAUAGAUGACUGCUGGAUGUCCAAGCUGAGAGAUGAACAAGGGAGGCUGCAACCUGAACCCACCAGGUUCCCAGGCGGCAUUGCAAAACUGGCAAGGUAUAUCCAUGACCGUGGACUGAAGCUAGGAAUCUAUGCAGACAUGGGAACUCUCACAUGUAUGGGAUUUCCUGGCACCACUCUGGAUAAGAUUGAGAUUGAUGCCCAGACCUUUGCUACCUGGGGGGUUGACUAUCUGAAGUUUGAUGGCUGUUAUUCUAAUCCUGUAGAACAAAUGUUGGGUUACCCUCUGAUGUCCAAGGCUUUGAAUGCUACAGGCAGACUGAUGGCCUACUCCUGUAGUUGGCCUGCAUAUCUGGGAGGACUUCCACCUGAAGUGAACUACACUCUGCUAGGGGAUAUUUGUCACCUGUGGAGGAAUUACGAUGAUAUCCAGGAUUCGUGGGACAGUGUGCAAGGCAUUAUUGACUGGUUCUCCAAUAACCAGGAUCAUCUCCAGCCAGCUGCAGGUCCUGGAAGAUGGAAUGACCCUGACAUGCUCAUCAUUGGCAACUUUGGUCUCAGUGUGGACCAGGCUCACUCUCAGAUGGCUCUCUGGGCUAUAAUGGCUGCACCUCUCAUCAUGUCAAAUGAUCUUCGAAACCUGGACAACAGGGCAAGGGCCAUCCUGCAAAAUAAAGUAGUCAUUGCCAUCAACCAGGACCCCUUGGGUAUCCAGGGAAGACGCCUGCUGCAGGAGAGGAAUCGUAUUGAGGUGUACUGGAGGCCCCUGUCUCAGUCAGCCAGCACGCUUGUGUUCUUGAGCCGACGGACAGAUAUGCCAUACCUCUACCACACCUCUCUGGCUAAACUCAACUAUGAAGCUGGCAACUAUGAGGCCUAUGAUGUGUUUACCGGUUCCACAGUAACAGGAUUGAAUGCCACCACAGAGAUUGUACUCUCCAUCAAUCCCUCAGGUGUUGUCAUGUGGUACAUCUACCCAGAACAGUCCAAGCAGACUGAGACACUCCACUACCAACACAAGAAAACCUCACGAUUCACAUUCCUAUGAGCCUAACCUGAUCGCCAUACUGCAUUAUGAAGGAAAAAUGCUAAAAUGGGGUUUUAUAAAAUGCAUAAAAUGUUCACAGGUACAAUCAAAACAAUGUCAGUUUGAUCUCAACUUGUCAUUGAACCAAUAUUCUUUUGCCCUGAUGUAUUUUUUCAUGAAACUAAAUAAAGCAUCUUGUAAUUUUGUAUUCAUUUUAAAUUGCUUUAUGGGUGCCUUUUCCUUUAAAAUAAAUA